CUUGAAUUCGGAAGGAAGACGAAUGGAAAAAGGACGCGUCUUAAACACGCGCACCUCAGAUACGCAUCGGGCCGCGCGAAGUUCACUUCUCCGUCUUCCAACUGCCCAGGUCCGCAGGAAGCGCCAUGGAGAACUACACAGAUUCCGAAUCGGCGUCAGCUUUCUUCCGGCGUGACCCGCGCACCGCCGACUGGGCUCUGGUGGGCAACAAGCAGUUCAUCGUCUUUCUAGUUGCCGCCUAUGUUUACAUCGUCAAGAUCGGCGGGCCUCGGUUCAUGAAGGAACGCAAGCCCUACGACAACAUCAAGCCCCUGAUCUUGCUCUACAACGCUGUCAUGGUGCUACUCAACUGCUACUUCGUCGGUGCAUUCUUCUCGAGGAGCUAUUGGGGCGGCGGCUACAGUCUUUUCUGCCAGGGCAUCGACUUCCAGGCACGGGAUGCGCUGACGAUGAGCAUGCUGUCUCACGUGUGGUGGUACGUUAUGGUGAGGAUUGCCGACUUCCUGGACACCAUCUUCUUCGUCCUGCGCAGGAAGGACUCGCACAUAUCGUUCCUGCAUGUCAUCCACCACAUCUUGGUCGUCUUCAACGGUUGGUACGGCCUAGCCUACGGAGCAGAUGGACACGCUGCCUUCGGCAUCAUCUUCAACAGCUUCGUGCACGUAGUCAUGUACUCCUACUACUUCUUGUCUCUGUUGGGACCCUCGGUGCAGAAGUACCUGUGGUGGAAGCGCUACCUCACCCAGUUCCAGCUGGCGCAGUUUGUACUCAUGUUCUUCCACAUGACCGUACCGCUAUUCGUGAACUGCGGUUACCCUCUGGCGCAUAUAUGCAUCACGUUGCCACAGGGCGUCUUCUUCUUCGCAAUGUUCAUGAACUUCUACAUCAAGAGUUACUCUAAUCGAAGGAGGCCUCAGCAACGCGAGGAGGUCAAGAACAAAGUUCAGUAAUUUCAGUCAGCUGUAAGUCUGUUAAAAGGAAGCACUCACUUUGCGACAUUGCAGUUUUUUUUAUUUCUUCUUGUUCUACUUCUUUUUUUUUUUAGCGCAGGCAAUGAGAAGUCUUGCAAGGGUUAGUGUGUAUUACGGUCGCACAGAGUAAAACACGUGAAAAAUCAGCUGUUAGGCGUCGGACUCCGCACUUCAUUACCUCCUCCUAGUCCUCACACCUCCUGUAGACAAGCCGAUAGAACAUGUGACGUGUGGCGUCCUGAAGAUUGAUUUGUUGAGGUUGCGAUUAUCGAAAGGAUCACAGCUGGCCUUUGGUUUACGCAUGCUGCAGACAUAUAAGUGUGCAGAAAAGGCCUGCAUGGGCUCAAUGUGAAGCUCGAUUUCAAGUACAGUUAAGCGAACUAAAUACGAAUGUGACGAAGUAGACACGGCAAAAAAAAAAAAAAAAAAAAAAAAAAGAAAACUACGCCUGAGAGCAUGAAUGCUCACAGCAUAUGCUGGCUUACACAGUUAUAUUCCUGUUCAUUUUUCCCAAGAGCUCUCUGAUUGCAAAGCUUAUGUCACGGGGACACAUAUUGUACAAGCACGCUCUGGCGUUAACUUCUUGCUCUCUCUAUGCUUAGCGAGCUCGUUUCAGCAAGGACGUGAUAAUUAGAAUUCGAAAGCAACGUUGUGAAAUGCCUUCCUUACAAAGCUGUGCCCGUCAUCCCGUCGUAGCGACUGUGAUCACAAGAAAUAUGCAAUCAAGUAAGCAUCGAUCUCAUGCAGUGCUUGCACUUGACCAUUGAGGUAUCUCCAGACAUAAUUUCGUCAUCUUUCUUUGCGCGAACGUAUGUAUCGUAAGCAAACCAAUUUCAUUAUAGCAGCGAUAUUUCUUCUACAUUGUACGUACUCGGGUAACUGUUCAAGGUUUAAAUAUAUACUGCCGAGUACUGACACUAUUCCUACCCUAACGCUCUUGCUUUCUUUCUCACUAUCUCCUCGUGCUUAUCCUUUCCAUUUUGUUUAGAUUGUGUCGCCUAGUCAAAGAAUGUUGAAUGUGAGUGAACUAUUUUUUAAAAUGAUAGCCCACGCAAACCGUACCUUGUGCGCGCAUUCCUAUCGUCUCACUUGCUUGUAUCAUGUCAACAUUCUAACCUCAAGUAAACAGCUGGAGUGAGAAGUUG